CCGCCUGGCCCACAUGUCAGCACCUCGGCGGUGGCCACCCGUCGCGUGGCCACCGCGCCACGCCUCCUCCGGCCACCACCUCACUGCACAGUUGACGCACGCACGCUCCUAAAUAAAGAAGGAAACUGGCGACGCAAUCGGAGGGAAUAGCAAGCGAGUAGGGGGCGGUGGAGACCUCGCGCGAGGAGGAGGAAGAAGCUUCUGGUCGCGCGAGGAGGAAGAGAGGCGGGGAGUUAGGGAGCGGGCGGGCGGUGGAUGGCGGUGGAGUACCACUGCUGUGAGGCCGGAUUCUUCGAGCACAUCGUCAUCAUCGUCGCACUGGUGCUCUUCGCGGGCCUCAUGUCGGGCCUCACCCUGGGGCUCAUGUCCCUCAGCCUCGUCGACCUCGAGGUCCUCGCCAAGUCCGGCACCGAACAGGACCGCAAGCACGCAGCUAAGAUUUUGCCUGUUGUGAAGAACCAGCACCUUCUGCUAUGCACUCUUCUGAUCUGCAAUGCCGCAUCCAUGGAGGCUUUGCCCAUAUUCCUUGAUAGCUUGGUGACUGCUUGGGGUGCGAUUUUGAUCUCAGUGACACUGAUUCUGCUGUUUGGUGAGAUCUUACCGCAGUCCGUCUGCUCACAUUAUGGACUAGCUAUUGGUGCCUCAGUUGCUCCAUUAGUCCGUGUGCUUGUUUGGAUCUGCUUUCCUGUUGCCUAUCCUAUAAGCAAGUUACUGGAUUAUGUCCUGGGUCAUGGUCAUACAGCCCUCUUCCGUAGAGCUGAGCUAAAAACACUUGUCACUCUGCACGGAAAUGAGGCUGGUAAGGGUGGAGAGUUAACCCAUGAUGAAACUACCAUAAUAGCUGGAGCUCUCGAACUCACUGAAAAGAAAGCUAAAGAUGCUAUGACACCAUUAUGUCAAACCUUUGCAAUUGAUAUAAACGCAAAACUUGACAGGGCACUAAUGCAAGAGGUCCUUGAGAAAGGGCAUAGCAGAGUGCCAGUUUAUUAUGAAAAGAAGACAAAUAUUAUUGGAUUGAUAUUGGUGAAGAAUUUAUUAUCCGUUAACGCUGAUGAAGAGGUUCCCAUAAAAAGUGUAACUAUCCGCAAAAUUCCACGUGUUCUAGAAGAUAUGCCCCUCUACGACAUCCUAAAUGAAUUUCAGAAAGGCCAUAGCCACAUGGCAGUAGUCAUAAGGAAAAACGAUUCGAGUUACCCAGCUGAACAACCUGCCAAUGAUGGUGGAACUCUCGAGGUGACCAUUGCCAUUGAUGAUAAGAAUAGCGAAAAGGUUGUGAAGAACCUUCCACCACCGCUGCGAAGAUGGAAGAGCUACCCUAACACUCAGAACUCAAAUAGGGGAAUUAGGCCUAAAAAAUGGUCCAAAGAUCAAUCAAAUGUUCUGCAGAUAGAUGAAGAGCCCUUGCCCACAUUGAGUGAAGAUGAAGAGGCUGUUGGUAUCAUAACCAUGGAGGAUGUCAUAGAAGAGCUUCUUCAGGAGGAGAUAUACGAUGAGACAGACGUACACGAGGAACAAUGACACUGGCCUUCCUCGCACUGUUUGUAUUUUCCUUUUGGACCAGAGAACCAGCUGUGUGUUACGGCAGUUUUUUGCUGGGAAAGUACAGUAUGUAAUGUAUACACCCUACGUAGAUAGGCAGAUACAUUGAAGGCUACUAGUAGUUCAUUUCGGUUCUAGGCGGUCUCUGUCUAAGGGUAUUGGUAAGGCUCUGUUUGGAUUGCCCCGUCCUGGAACAGCAGGAUUGCUUGGUCGUAAGUUGUACCGAGUAACCCUGGAAAUGGAGGUAAAAACUACUAGGAUCGAAGUUGCUUGGUCGAUGCGGCGGUGCCGUUCGGUUCAGAAAUCCCAAUAAGAUCUCGGUUUCUUGUGAUGGCGCUGACA